AUGAAGUUCAACUCUGUUGCUGCCGCCGUCUCGGCUGCCAUGCUAGCCGGUGCUGCCCACGCCGAGGAGCCCGUGACCGAGUCAUCAGUGGUCCCAGAGGUCCCUGCCUUUACCCCUACUACCCUCAAGGCCGACUUCCUUGAGCAGUUCACCGACGACUGGGAGGCGCGAUGGAAGCCCUCCACCGCCAAGAAGGACACGUCCAAGGACGACGAGGAGUGGGCUUACAUCGGCGAAUGGGCCGUCGAGGAGCCCACCGUCUACAAGGGCAUCGAGGGUGACAAGGGGCUUGUCGUCAAGAACCCGGCCGCCCACCACGCCAUCUCGGCCAAGUUCCCCAACAAGAUUGACAACGAGGGCAAGACGCUGGUGGUCCAGUACGAGGUCAAGCUCCAGAAGGGUCUCGAGUGUGGCGGCGCCUACAUGAAGCUCCUCCGCGACAACAAGGCUCUCCACCAGGACGAGUUCUCCAACGCUACGCCCUACGUCAUCAUGUUCGGCCCCGACAAGUGCGGUCACACCAACAAGGUUCACUUCAUCUUCAACCACAAGAACCCCAAGACUGGCGAGUACGAGGAGAAGCACCUGAAGUCGCCCCCCACGGCCAAGAUCGUCAAGACGACCGAGCUCUACACGCUCAUCGUCCACCCCAACAACACCUACGCCAUCCACCAGAACGGCGAGGAGGUCAAGACCGGCUCUCUCCUCGAAGACUUCAGCCCUGCCGUCAACCCUCCGGCCGAGAUCGACGACCCCGAGGACUUCAAGCCCGACACCUGGGUUGACAAGGCCCGCAUCCCCGACCCCGAGGCCACCAAGCCCGAGGACUGGGACGAGGACGCUCCUUUCGAGAUCGUCGACGAGGACGCCACCAAGCCCGAGGACUGGCUCGACGACGAGCCCGAGACCAUCCCGGACCCCGAGGCUGAGAAGCCCGCCGACUGGGACGACGAGGAGGAUGGUGACUGGCUCGCUCCCACGGUCCCCAACCCCAAGUGUGCCGAGGCCUCCGGCUGCGGACCCUGGACCAAGCCCCUCAAGAAGAACCCCGAGUACAAGGGCAAGUGGACGGCCCCCCUCGUCGACAACCCCGAUUACAAGGGAACCUGGGCUCCCCGCAAGAUCAAGAACCCCGACUUCUUUGAGGACAAGACCCCGGCCAACUUUGAGCCCAUGGGUGCCAUCGGUUUCGAGAUCUGGACCAUGCAGAGUGACAUUCUCUUCGACAACAUCUACAUCGGCCACUCUAUCGAGGACGCCAAGAAGCUCGCCGCCGAGACCUUUGACGUGAAGCACCCCAUCGAGAAGGCUGCCCUCGAGGCCGACAAGCCCAAGAAGGACGACAAGGCCAAGUCUCCCGGCGACCUCAGCUUCCUCGACGACCCCGUCCUCUACGUCCGCGAGAAGGUCGAUCUCUUCCUCACCAUUGCCCAGCGUGACCCCAUCGAGGCCGUCAAGUUUGUCCCCGAGGUUGCCGGUGCCAUCGGCGCCACCAUCCUCUCCUUCUUCGCCUUGCUCGCCAUCCUCUUCGGCGGCGGUUCGUCCACCCCCGCCGCCAAGCCCGCCGCCGAGACCAAGUCCGAAAAGGCCAAGGACAAGGCCACGGAGGGCACCGCUACCGGCGCCGACAAGGAUCAGGGCGAGGUCAGCAAGCGCACCACCCGCAGCCAGUCGUAA